AUCACCAUAGGCCCUGAUGAGACAAUCUGCUUUAUAGUCAGCCUUGAUGGAGUGCCUGUGAUAUUUGGCACUAGUUCAAGGAAUUCCUCUACAGUCAUCACUAUUAGUGGAAUAAGCGAUGAAAGUGUAUUGUUGCAGUUGAUGUUGUUGCAGGUAUUGCAGUGGCUUUCGCUCUGCUGGUGGUUCUGCCAGUGGGUGUUGUUUUUGGCUGCUGUGGGAUGUGAUGUCUGGUGAAGUCUCGAGGUAGAAAGAAAAGAAGAAUGGCUCCACCACUGUACGAGGAGCCAGUAAAACCUGUUUUUUCUCUGACUGAGAACAAAGCAUAUGGACAGGUUGCACAUCGACAGACGACCAGCUGAAUGUAACUUGCAACGGGAGCUGGAAAAUUCAGUAGCUAAUUAAGUCAGCUGUGUCAAUCAUUCGUUGUUUUUUUACAUAUUAUACUUAGCAA